ACCAGAAUUUUGUAGACAUUUCUGAGGAUCGGACGUGCCUCAGUAUUAAAUUUAAUUUAAAAUUUUCAUUUUUAAAUAUUUAUCUUUAUUUUUUCAGUUUUUUUAUUUUUUUUCUUUAAAUGAUUAAUUAAGUAUUUGAACGUAUAAUUGAUUUAUUUUUGCAAAAAUGAAUAACAUUUUAUAAAAUCGCUAUAUUUUAAAUAUUAUUUAUGGAUUACAACAGUUUUAACUACCAAUAUUAAAUAAUAAGAUUGAUGGAAAUUAAAAACUUAAAAUAAAUUUAUUUUGAAUUUAAAUAUAAAAAAAGCAAAUCAUUAAAAUUAUUUAAAAAUGGGUCUAGAGACUAUAAUAAAAUUCGGCUACGCGUUAGUAAUUAUUACAUUAUCGUUAAUGAUAUGGGUAUCUUUAUCAUCAGCAUAUCAUAUGGAAACGGAACAAGAACGAUAUCCUCCAUGCACAUAUAAUGCAUUAUGCACUUGUUCAAAAUCAGCACCCGAUUUGGGUAUUGUAAGAUGUAGGAAUGUUCCUUUUCCAGCUCUACCAAAAAUGGUUAAUAACUCAAAGGUUUUCAGUUUAAGUAUGGAAAAUACAGGUUUACGUGAUAUUGAACCAUAUUAUUUGCAAGCAACUGGAAUGUAUCGUUUAAAAAUAUCUGAAAAUCAUUUAACAGAAAUACCAGAUGAUGCAUUCACAGGAUUGGAAAGAUCUCUAUGGGAACUGAUGUUACCAUAUAAUGAUUUAAUUGAAAUUCCAUCAAAAUCAUUUCGUCAUUUGCAUAAAUUACGUCAUUUAGAUGUUAGUUAUAAUCAUAUAACUCAUAUACAUCACGAUUCAUUUCGUGGUUUAGAAGAUUCACUACAAACAUUGGUUUUAAAAGAAAAUUGUAUAUCAAGAUUGGAAUCAAGUAGUUUUUCUGGUUUACUAAUAUUAGAAACAUUAGAUUUAUCUGGAAAUAAUUUAUUUGAAAUCGAUCCAAGUGUAUUCAGAGACGGUAUGCCAAGAUUACAUAAAUUAUUAUUAACUGAUAAUAUAUUAUCAGAAAUUCCAUAUGAUGCUUUGGCAACUUUAAAGGCUCUAAGAACUUUGGAUAUUUCACAUAAUGUGAUUUGGUCGAUGGCUGGUAAUGAAACCUAUCAAACAAAAUCUUCGGCCAAAUUGAAUUUAGACAAUUUGCAUAUCGAAUAUAAUCAUAUAAAAAAAUUGACACCAAAUUCAUUUAAAAAUUUUGAAGUAGUUAAUAGGACAUUCUUUGAUGGAAAUCCGAUAUAUCGUAUAAUGGAAGACGCUUUUAAGCCAGCUAAAAUUCGAGAAAUAUACAUGAGAUAUUGUGGAUUAACUCGUAUAUCACCGGUAGCAUUCGAUAGUUUGGUCAACUCCCUACAAAUUUUGGACUUAUCAGGCAAUAAUAUUACAAAUUUACCAAAUAAACUGUUCAAUAAUUUUGAUACUUUAAGAGUACUUAGCUUACGUGAUAAUAAAAUCAAAAUCAUUGCACCAGUUGAAAUGUUCAAUGUUGUACAAUAUUCACUAUUGAAAUUGGAUUUAAGUGGUGAUAUGAAUUCGGAAACUAAUUUACAAGAAUUGAGAAAUAUGACUAGAAUGCGUAAUAUGAGGUCAUUGUCAUUAUCAAAAAUGAAAACCAAUUCAUUAGAUGCAGAUGAAUUUUCUGAAUUUGGUGUUGAAUUAGAAGAUUUACAGAUAACGCGAGGUGGUUUAACAAAUGUUAAAGCUCAUGCAUUUAAAAAUGUUCGUGGAUUAAAGAGAUUAGAUUUAAGCGAAAAUGGUAUUGGUUCAAUUGAAAGUGAUGCAUUCAAUGAGAUUGGACAUUCUCUGAUAUCAUUGAAAAUAGCUCAUGGUUUCACUGGAUCAGCUCUACCCGCUGAAGCUCUUAGACAUUUAACAUCAUUACAAGAAUUAGAUUUUAGUAAUAAUCAAAUAGCAAGUAUGAGUGAUACAAGUCUUCAUUUUUUAAAAAAUCUGAGACUCUUAGAGUUACAUGAUAAUAGAAUAGAACAAGUCGCUAAGGGAACUUUUCAAGGAGAUAUACAUUCAAAAUUAGAAGAAAUUUCAUUUAAAUUUAACAAUUUGGGACAAAUUUCGCAACACACAUUUUUCGAUUUAGAAGCUUUAAGAAAAUUAUAUUUGGAUGAUAACAAAAUUUCAAAUAUCGAAAGGCGUGCUUUUAUGAAUUUGGAUCAAUUGGUCCACUUAAGUAUAAGAGGAAACAAGUUGAACAACUUAGCUGAAGAAUCCUUUCAGAAUCUUCCAAAGUUGGAAAUGUUGGACAUGGCGUUUAAUUCUUUACCAAAUUUUGCGUUUGAUUAUUUCGAUCAGGUCGGUACACUAUCUUCGCUCAGUGUAAAUGUAAGUCAUAAUAAAAUUUUUUCAUUAAUGAAUAAUUCAACAUGGGGCGGAAGAUCUGAUCACGGUUCAAUUUAUCAUUCCAACAUAAAAAAUUUGGAUUUGUCACAUAAUAAUAUCUCGAUUAUUCAUCCGGGAUAUUUUAGACCAGUAGAAAUGUCUUUAACUCAUCUACAUUUGGGUUAUAAUGCAUUGAUGAAUUCUACUCGAGAUAUUUUUGGAAAUUUCCCACAUUUGCAGUGGCUUGAUAUUUCACAUAAUUAUAUAAGAGAAGUUGAUUUUGAUGCCUUUAAAAAUACAAAAAAUUUACAGGUUCUAUAUUUGUCAUAUAAUCAGUUGACUGAUUUACCUCAAGACACUUUUAAACCGUUUUAUGGAUUAAGAAUAAUAGAUUUAUCACACAACUAUUUGAAAUCACUGCCAGAUAAUUUAUUCGUUAAUGGAGGUUUAGAACGAAUGGAUGUUUCACACAAUCACUUGUUGAAAAUUCCAACUUCAUCUUUAUCAAGUUUAGCUGCUUUAACAUUAUGUGAAUUACAUUUAUCUAAUAAUUACAUUGCGACAAUUCAUAGUAUGGACUUAUCAAAUAAAUUCAGAACAUUGAAAUAUCUGGAUAUUUCAUAUAAUUAUUUGUUAAGAAUUGAUGAUGCCGUAUUUGCAACAUUACCAAGAUUAACACAUUUAGAUUUAUCACAUAAUAGGGAUUUAAGAGUUAUGGAUAAAUCAUUUUUGGGUUUAGAAAAUACACUAAUUAAGUUGGGCUUAGAAAAUGUUUCAUUAAGUACGGUGCCAGAAAUGCGCUUAAAACAUUUACGUGAGUUACGUUUGGCAAGUAACGAAUUACCAUCGAUACCACCAGAAAUGGCACAUAAUAUGUCAGCGUUAAGAUUAUUAGAUUUAUCUAAUAAUGAUUUAACAAAUGUUCCUAUAAUAGCACAACAUUUACCUCAAUUACGGAUAUUAAAAUUAUCUGGAAAUCCGAUUACAUCAUUAACCAAUAAUAGUUUCGAUGGUGUUAAUGAAGAUUUGGAAAUGCUUGAUAUUUCACAUUUCCGUUUACAUUUCUUUGAAAAUGGAUCCCUAGAAAGUUUGCCAAAUAUUCGUUCAUUAAAAAUUUCUGCAUAUUCUCACUUGCCAUCGUUUAAUAUUCCAUAUUUAUUAAAAGAACAUCAUAACAUAAGAGAAUUAUGGGUUGAAGCACCGAAAUCACCUGAACAUUAUGCAGAUAUUAUUCAAGGUAAACCUAUAAGUGAAAAUAAAAAAUACUUAUUAGAUAUGGGAAAACCAACUGAUUUGGAACGUGAAAUGAGAGGACAUCUGCCAUCAAAAUUAACGAAUAUUACAUUUAGUGGGCCACAGUUUACAACUCUUGGCGAAACUAUAUUACGGGGAAUGCGAUCUCCAUACAUAUACAUUCAAUUAUUUAAUACAUCUAUAUCUGCCAUUCCUACAAAUUUUUUUAAGAAUAUGGGACGAGUACGAAAUGUCUCAAUUGACGUACGAUAUAAUAAUAAUGAAUUGAAAACUAUACCAAAUCCGAAUACUGGCGCUGUUCCAUAUUUACCACAUAGCGUUUUCUUAACUGAUAUAAAAAUGUCUGGAUCUAAAAUGAAUUGCGAUUGCAACUUAGGUUGGGUUGAAUUUUGGCAACGCAAACGACGUCAAUAUAUUUGUUCAUCUCAAACGUGGACAGAUACUGUAUUUAGGACAUUUAUGAAUUCACCGUGUCAAAUUUAUGGUAAACAUGAUUGUGAAGAAAUGGAUGAUGAUUUAAGAGAGACACAAUGUUCAAAUAAAAAUAAUGAACAAUUAAUGGAGAUAUUAAAAUCUGAUUUAGAAUGUGGUUGGGAUAGUGCUCCACGAAUAAAUAUGGUAGAAAGGUGGUUGUUAAUAAGCUCAACAAUAUUUUUACUUAUAUUUUGGCUAUGACUCUUCCCAUAUGUUUAUGAAGUUUCGUCUUCAUGGUAUGACGUACUAGAGCAUGUUUAUGGCAAAAAUGCAAUUUAAUAAAAAUGAAAUCGGAAUUUAUUAUUUUCGUAUAAAGAAAAUAAAUUGUAGUAAAGUUUUGGAAGUAAUAUUGCAUAGUUAAUGUUGACCAUCGGUUUUUAAGUGUUGAAUUUUACAUAUCAAAAAAAAAAUACUUACUAAUUAUAGUUAUAUUUAUUUAAUUCAGUAAUGCUAAUGUAUUAUGUAUGGAAAUAAUUAAAUCACUUCUUAUUCACUACAGAAUUGGUUGGUUUAACUCAGUUAUUAUUUUACUAUACUAUUCAUUCUAACUUUAAUAAUGAUAUUCGGGAAUUAGGAUUAAUUUAAUAAAUGUUCAUUCAUAAAUGAAACUUAAAUAAUUAAUUGUGAUAAAUAACUAUUUCCAUACACAAAUAUAAAAAGAGCUAUUGGUAUACGUUUUUAUCUUUAUGAGUAAUUUUUCCAAAUUAAUGGCCCUUUAUUAUAUUUGGAGAAAAGUUGAAAUUUUAUUUGUAUCUCUUCUAUAUGGUAUUAGAAUUCUAAUUUAGAUUAUAAAUUUAUUUACUAUUAUUUUAAUUCAGUUAUAAAGUAUGAAUAUAUUUUAUUUAGUUAUAAGGUCAGCAUUAGCUGAAAAUAUUAUACUCAAUAUUUUACUUAAUAUAUUUAAAAAAAAACUUAAUUAGAAAUAAAUGUAAAAAAUAAAAUUCAUAAAUUUUAA